UGUUGCUGGUAUUUCUUCACAGGCACUAUGCAAUGCAAUAUUUAAUUGCUUUAGAAGAGGAGGUAGAGGAACAGGUGAAUCUGGUAUGAACGAUGAAAGACGCAACCUGAUAAGUGAAGGUGAAAAAAAAAUGUCUAGAAAGUAAGAAUGAAAACCUUAAGCAUGGAACGUGACGUCUCGUCUGAAAUCCCAAACGAAAGUGAAAGAUUGUUACAUUGUGUUAGAAAAUAGGGAGGAGAGCAGAUCGGAACUAAACCUAAAAUGGCUCACCUAACAUCUAAAAGGAUCUGCAGAGAACUUCUUUCGAUUAAUGGAAAUGAAUAUUUCAUCCUUUUACCUGGAAAGACAUUCAAGUCUGCAGAGGACAUCAUCAAAGAUGUCCUUGAACAACUAUCAGGUCAGCAGGUGUUCAACGCAGAGAAGUGUGAUGCCAUUUUGGUUUUCUGCUUUAUUGUUUCAAGGGCAGGAACUGACAUUGACGCUGCGCUGAAUGGACUUAACACUCUCUCAGAGUCUAAACCAGCUGUUUUCAUGGUGCUUCAUCACACAUUUGACCCAGAGAAGGCUGUGCUAGACAGCAGCAGAUACGUGACCAGGAAGAAUACACUCACAAUGGACUGUUUUUUCAACGAGGAUAAGGGACUCCUGGAGUGUGUGAAGAAUCGUGAUGUGGAUAAAAGAAUCCGUCAAUGGCUGCAGCCACAGGACACACUUGAAGUGUUAUCUGAUUCCAAAUUGGUCAUUGUCCUGCUGGGCAUGUCUGGGCCUGAGAAGACUGCAGCUGAACACAUGAUACUUGGCAGAGAGGAGAGUCAGGCUGAAACCUCUCCAGCCACCCAGAUGAAGAUCACAGUAAAUGCUGGAGAGGUGGACGGGGAGCAGGUGGUUGUGAUCAACACUCCUGACUCGUUCAGCUCUGAGCUCUCCACAGAGGAAAUACAACAAAAAAUACAAUUCUGCAUCAAUCUGAUUUCACAGAAAUCUUACACUUUACUACUAGUCAUACCAGUGAAGCAGUUUAAAGAAAAGGAGAGAGAGAUGGAGAAGAAAGUUAUGGAGGUUUUUCGAGACAGAUUCCAUGAGAGGCUUAUGAUCCUUUUCACUACUACUGAUGAACAAAAUUACAACUUCAAGCAACUUACGCAACAUAAGGAAAUUAAGUUUAAUUUCCUAAACAUUAGUGAGACCAGGAAUAGAUCUCAGGUUUCAGGGCUGCUGAAGACAAUAGAGGAGAUAGCGGCAGGGAAAGGAAAGAGUAGUGAUAACCAAGGGAAAUCUAGAUGCCUGCUCAUGUGAUGCUUUAAAAAAAAAAUCAACAGAAAUGCAGAAUAUCUAUUUAAAAGCGAAAACACCAUAAUAUUGGUUAAUGUCAACUGUGGUGACUAAUUGUAUUUAAUUAAAAAAUAUGUAGUGUAAAGAAGAAGAGCAUGUUUUCUAUUAUAAAGCUAUUAGAUCAAAGCUAUCAAAAUCCUGAUUGCAAGUCUUGUCUUGGCAGAGCAUGUGAUAGUUUAAAGUGAAAGUUAAAGAGACUACUAUUUAGCAUCUCCCUUAACCUUUCGUGACUUGUUUUUUUCCUUUUGUUUCAGCAUGUUGGAAAUAAAGAU